GAGGGAGUAAACGUGACUAUACUUUUCCAUUCGACGUAUUAUUCACGAGGGGGUCGAUUUUUGUGCCAAAUGCGAACAGAGCAACAGUCUGACAACAAUUGCAAGUGCGGCUGGAAGAAUGCGCCCAAGUAUAAACCUGCCAUAGUUGGUGGCGAAGAAACCGGUGUAAACGAAUAUCCCAUGAUGGCUGGACUCGUCGAUAGUGAGAAGAAAGAAUUGUAUUGCGGCGCGACUAUAAUAAAUAAGCAGUUUGUAGUGACAGCGGCUCAUUGUAUAAAAGGGAGAAAUCUUAGUAAAUUCGGCGUUCUUAUUGGCGACCAUGAUCUUAAAACAGGCCGCGACACUUCGGCAGCCAAGCUGUACCUUAUACAAGGUUGUGUAAUGCAUCCUAACUACACAUAUGUUAUAAACGACAUAGCUGUGUGUAAAAUUAAAGGCACGAUACAAUAUAGUACCAAAGUCGGUCCAGUUUGCCUACCAUUUCAGCAUAAAUAUGACUCGUUUAACGGUGCUAUCUUGACAGCGUUGGGCUGGGGUCUGCUGGAAGAUGGCGGUUUUAAGGCGUCAGUGCUGCAUGGAGUGGACUUGAACGCAAUUAGCCUUCAGGAGUGCAAAAGAACUUAUCCUUAUAUAACAAACAAUCAUCUUUGUACUUAUACUCCAAACAAGGAUGCUUGUCAGAUGGACAGCGGCGGACCACUCUUAUGGCGAAAUCCUAGAACGGGUAAUCUCGUACUAACAGGCAUUAUAUCUGCCGGUACGGGUUGCGCUUCGAAUAUACCCUCUGUCAAUAUACGUGUUGGGGCGUAUGUAGAUUGGAUAGAGAAAGUAACUGGUAAGAAUCAGCGAGAAAAAGAAGUCAAUAAGAGCCAACGCAAAAUCUCACUUGCGUGAAAUCCACUCAAUCGUGAGAAUGAAAUAAAAUAAAGAGUAGACUACA